AUGCAAGCUGACCAGGAACACAACCGGACGCAGCCAGAUUCUGCUUUUGCUCUUCGGAGCUGGUGUCCGCGCCCUGCGGAGAGAAAACCUGCUAAGAGGAGUUCAACAGUUUCUCCACAGUCGCAGAGUGAAAGUGGAAGAACAGCCAUUCGCACCCAUACCUUCCAGAAUCGAAAGUCUAAGCGCUGUCCACCUCAAGACGAAAGAAUCACCAUCGUCCUAGUCUCCAAGAUGAGACCGUACCCUCGCUUUAAACCUCUCAACUCGCUUGCUACGCCAACAUGGCUUCAGCUGCCAGCCACAGAAAAUCCCGACUCCAAAACAAUUUCCACCAUAAAAUUACAAGAUGAUCCUGACAUCCUUUCAGACCGCUGUGGGUCCAGAUCCACCCAGAUCCAUGCUGCCACCCAUCGGAGACACCCACUGUUUGACCGAUGCAAGUUCACCAGUGACUCUCCUGAGGGGAUACUUGAAAAAAAUAACAACGAUGUGGCCUCCCGUCUGCUCUGCUUUCCCUUGCCUUUGAAGAGAACAGUCACCACAGUCAUGGCAGGGAUUUGGCGCUCAAUAGCUCAAGUUCAGAGGCCCCCAGAUGGACUCCAAACUGUAACAAAAGGCGUGGAGUCUCUCAUUUGUACGGACCGGAUUCGUCACAAAUUUACAAGAAUUCCAGAUCAAGUAUUUCAGCCUUCACCUGCAGAUCAUGAAAACUAUGGUGGGGAUCCACAGCACCCUCAUAAACUAUGUAUUGUUACCAGAAUAAAGAGUACAAAGAGACGGCCAUAUUGGGGAAAAGAUAUAAUAAAGAUGCUUGGAUUACAAAAAGCACAUACUCCUCAAGUUCACAAGGAUAUCCCUUCAGGGAGUGCAAGACUGAAAGUGGUUAAACAUUUGGUAAGAAUCAAUUCCCUGAAGGUGCCACAAAGACUUCCAACAGAGGCGGACAUGUCUGACAUGUGUGUCCAGAGCACUGGGGGAUUAGUGGUGUGGUGGCAUCUAAUAAAUCCUGUAGAUCAGGAAGCAGUGAAGUCCUAA